AUGGAGAGCGCGAAAACUAAAGCUCAUCGAAAAAGCCUAGACAAGAUAAAGUUGUUCUUUCUGUCACUCGCGAAUAUGGUGUCAGAUCACGUCGUCAAGCUCUGCUGCGACUCAACCACGGUCAGCUCCGAGCUGGCAAAAGACCCAAGAGUAGCGCCGUCAACUAUUAUCGAUCGUAUCUACGGGCGCUAUCCAAGAAACCGCACCAGCAGUCCCAGCACACAGCGCCAACAAGCAUCUACGGAGCAGCAGCAGGCGGCGCUCAAGUGCGGCAAAUGGGGCCCGACAGCACCGAGCCCCUUGUUCCUGCAAGCUUUCGCUGAUGCUCUCAACUGCCUCGAUGCGGAUGCACAGUCUGGUGUGGUGUCGCCUCCGCUGAUGGGAUCUCAUGGCACAGCGCCGCUGACAGUCAUUGCACCGUUGGCCGAUGCCAUACGACACUGCGCCAAUCUGAUUGCGUCCGCAGAGCGCGAGGUCUUCUUUGUGACCUGCUCCUGGUCCCCUUCGCUUGCGCAGAGGCUGAUCCGAGGCGCCCUGUUGGAGCUUUCCCGACGCGCCGGGACAAGGAACCAGCGGGUCAAGGCACACUUCAUGUACGACUCGGCUGGUCUCUCCAAUCUCUCCGACUCUCACGCCCGGGUGAAGCAGGGGUCAUAUACGGGCAAGUCUGUCGGCCUGCCGGCUCCGGAUGAAAUUCCCAACAUUGAUCUCGAGGUCAUGAACUUGCAUACCAUUCCAUUGGGCACACUGCAUUCGAAAUUCUGUGUUGUAGAUGGAAAAUAUGCAGCCAUCAUGAGCAACAACAUGGCAGACAAUGACAACAUGGAAAUGAUGGUUCAUCUAGAAGGGCCCAUUGUUGAAAGCGUUCGUGAUGCAGCAAUCAUCACUUGGUACGAGCAGCUGAAAGAAGCGCCAACUGCCGCUGACAACGCGGCACCGACCUCACUAAAUUCAGAACCCGCGCCAAAUGGGACUUUGAAGCCAGAUGAGGCGUUGCAAGCAGUGACAGAGAUUCACGGAUCGACGGAUGGAACGGCGCCGGUCUUAUCGGUCCAUACGCCAGACGAGCCACAUUUCGACAGCCACAUCGCUGACGAAAUUCUUCGAGUGCAAGGCAAUUACCACCCCAGACCUGGGGAGAGCUUUGUUGCUGCAGCAAACCGUGUGCUCAAUCUCGCCAUAAAAACACCCAUCCCCCCCACAGGGCCAGACUUUACCGAGCAAGAUCAGAUGACGCCGUAUAUAGAGACGACAACACAGCAAGCCGUCCCCAUGGCUCUCGUAUCUCGGCCGCCGUAUGGUCGCUUCAGCUCCAAAAACGCCAACGUCCCGCAGAACGAGGCGUGGCUGUCGCUCAUUCGCAACGCGAAGCGAGACAUCUUCAUCCAAACGCCAGAUUUAAACGCGGCGCCUCUUCUCCCAGAAAUCGUGGCCGCGCUGAAUCGGGGCGUUGAGACGACGAUAUACACUUGCUUCGGAUACAACGACCUGGGCGAAAUGAUACCCGGGCAGGGCGGCACCAACGACCAGGUGGCCAUGUCUCUGCUGGCGUCGCUCCCGGCCGACAGCGGCCACCCGGCGCGGUCCCUGCUUCACUUUCACAACUACGUCGGCAAGGACCAGGACCACCCGAUCCACCAGUCGUUCAAGGCGCGGUCGUGCCACAUCAAGCUGCUCAUCGUCGACGGCAGCGUCGGCAUCCAGGGCAGCGGCAACCAGGACACGCAGUCCUGGUUUCACAGCCAGGAGGUCAAUGUCAUGAUUGACAGCAGCGAUAUUUGCGAAAAGUGGAGGGCGUGCAUCGACAGGAAUCAGAAUACGAAGCACUUUGGCCGGGUGGCUGAUGACGGGGUGUGGAGGGACGCGGACGGCAAGCCGGGAGCUGGAUACAUGGGCGACCCAGGACCCGUCACAGGUCUUUUUAAAGGUGUGGUUGGCAUGUUUAUGAAGAUGGAGGGUUUGGGCGGACUUCGGUAG